CACAAAUUGAUUGUAUGUUUUGUGUCUCCAGGUCAAGUCCAAAUAUAUAUCAUAUCAUCCAUUACAUCACUGACAUGUGAUUGACUGCCAUUAAAUACAAUAUUUAUUUGAUCAUUCAAUAUCUGAUUUAGCAUUUUUAUUUCAAAUAUGUCACUAGUGAACAAAGUAAAAAUUAGCACUAUUAGUAGCACUAUUGUGUGUUAUCUUAAGUGUAUAUUCUUCAGUAAAGGACAAACUAAAGAAAGAUGGACACAAAUAAUGAGAGAUAUUAUUGUUUUCUACAUAUCAAAGUAAGGAGGGUGUUAUUUUUUGGAUUAGUGCUCUUAGGCAUAGCAAACAAAACAUCAGCAUUUACAAUACGCAUAAAUACUACAAUAGCCAAAGACAGUACAAUACCUACAAAUACUUCAAUACAUGGAGACACUACAAUAGAAAGAGACAGUAUAAUAUCAAGAGAUACUACAAUACCUAGAGAGACUACAAUACCUAAAGUCAACACAAUACAAAGAGAUAGUACAAAACCUACAAACACUUCAAUAUCCAGAGAGACUACAAUACCAAGAGACAGUGCAAUACCUACAAACACUUCAACAAUAUCCAGAGACAUUACAAUACCAAGAGACAGUGCAAUCCCCAUUAGCACUAUAAUACAUGUAGAUACUACAGCAUCCAGAGAUACAACAAGAGACUCAUAUGGUGAAACAUCCCACCAAUAUAAAUAUAGUGGAGAGAAUAAAAAUGGAAAUGAGUUUGAAAUAUUCAAAAGUGGGGAUCAUAAUAUUAAACAUAAUGAUAAUGCAGAGGAACAAAUACACAGUGGACAUGAUAAUCAUGGAAUGCUAAACACUGAUGACUUUUGGAAAGAUUACUUCUCCAACAAUAAACAUGCCAAAAGAAACCCUAUUAUGGGUAGAAAUACUGGAAAAGAUUACAGGAAACAUGACCCAAAAUAUAAUCAACAAAGUAACUCAAAUGGCAAUGUGAACAAUAUGCAAUCAAGACAGCAUUUGAACAAUCUGGGCAGUAGUCUUGAUACAUUAUACACUGUAUAUCCGAAUCCUAUGCAUGACCACAAUGACUGUCAAAUUUGUAA